CCCGACCGCGCGCAGCGAGCGGCAGGGGCAGCUGCUCCGAGUCGCCGGCGGGGAGCUGAGGCUCGCCUCGGCGCUGCGAGAGGCGCGGCGCGCGAGGGCCGGGAGCCGGCAGGGCGCGGAGGGCUCCGGGGCGCCGGUGUGGACUCUCUCGAGCAACCGAGCCCGGCAGAUGGGCGCGUGAGAAGGAGAGCGGGGAGAUGGACUGCUAUCUGCGUCGCCUCAAACAGGAGCUGAUGUCCAUGAAGGAGGUGGGUGAUGGCUUACAGGACCAGAUGAACUGCAUGAUGGGUGCACUGCAAGAACUGAAGCUCCUCCAGGUGCAGACAGCAUUGGAACAGCUGGAUAUUUCUGGAGGGCAUCCUGCCCCAGGCAACCCUGAAAGUCCCCGGACCCAGCCCGAGCACCCGCCAUGGGAGGGUGGCAGAGCACCUGCCAGGCCUGCAGCCUGCUCCCUCUCCAGCCAGCCCCCUCUUGGCUGCAGCCCCAAGGUUCCACCCCACGGGAAUGUCUGUGGCAGGGAUACAGCCCCCCUGCCCAGGACACAGCCGCCGGAUCGCCAGAGCCGCGGCCAGCAGGGGUCGGAGCAGGUGGAACCCGAUGACUGGACCUCCACACUGAUGUCCCGGGGCCGGAACCGACAGCCUCUCGUGUUAGGGGACAAUGUUUUUGCGGACCUGGUGGGCAACUGGCUGGACUUACCAGAACUGGAGAAGUCUGGGGAGAAGGGCGAGCCUCGGGGGGCAGGGGAGCCCCAGGCAGAGAAAGGCCAGCCCCGCGAGCUGGGCCGCAAGUUUGCCUUGACCGCCAACAUCUUUAGGAAGUUCCUGAGAAGUGUGCGGCCUGACCGGGACCGGCUGCUGAAGGAGAAGCCAGGCUGGGUGACGCCCACGGCCUCUGAGCCCCGGGCCGGGCGCUCCCAGAAGGUCAAGAAGCGCAGCCAUUCCAAGGGCUCCAGCCGCUGCGCCUUCCCAGGCACCGGGGAGCCCCGGGGAGCGGACAGUCCUGCCGCAAGGUGCCCCAAGGCCCUAGAGGCCUCACCCUCCGGCUUUGAUGUGAACUCAGCUGUUUGGGUCUGAAUCCCCGAGACGGGAAGUUGACUGAACCUGACCAGGUCCCAAGGCUGGGCCGCGGGGAGGAGAGGGCGGGCCAACUCCAAGUUCUCAGCACGGGGAGGAGGGGAGUGCGACAGGGAGAGGCAGGGAGGGGCUGGCUGGCGCGGGGGAGGUGAGUUCCUGGGGAGAGAGAGAGAGAGAGCGCGCGAGCAAGCGAGCGCGAGCUCCUUUGGGGGCUGGAGGGGACCACAGGGGAGGAGAGAGGCAGCGGGAGACCAGGAAAUCCCUCUGACAUUCCUCUGAUGCCCCCAGAGACCCCGGCGGCAUAUUCUGUAAGGAAAAGGGCACUGCAGCCUCGGGUUCCCCACAGGCCCUCCGCAAUGACCCGAGUCUGGAGCCCCAAGCCUUGUAACUGCUCCGCUGGGCCAGCAGCGCUGGGCCGCAGGGAGGCAAGCCCCCACCGCUCUUGUUUCUUUGAGGUCCCAGCCGCACCUGGCUCCUGAGAAGCGAGCUGAAUAGGGCCAUGUCUACGGGGGAGUUGGGGGGACCCCAGACCGCCUCCCGCCUCCCUAGCAGCCCCGCCCACGUCCACGCGCCUAUUUGCACGAGGGCAACGAGGCAGGCAUGACGCCGUUUCUCGGAUGAGGAUGCAAACUGUCCUAGGCUGCCUGUCCGGGAACGCGCAGCUAACAGCGGGCCGCAGAGUAGACGGCGGACGGGGAGGGGACGCACUGCCCCGCCCACGGGACGCCCCGCCUGCGGCCCUCAGCUGUCACUCCGGCAGUCGCGCGGCCCCUCCUACGCGUCCCGGCUUGCCCGGAGCCGGCCUAGGUGCAGUGGGCAGGGUCCAGGCCGCCGCGGCCCGCCCACCUCGGCGGGGGACGACCCCUCGCUGCGAGAGGCUCGUGUGGGUCCGCUUGUAGGCCGCGCCCUCGCCCCGCCCCGGUUCCCCGGCGGCGGAUAGCCACUCGGCCUGAUGAGCUGUGACAGCUGCAAUUAGAGGCAAGACGCUUCCUGCCCUCAGCGCGGUAGUAGCAAAUCGGUGGAGAAAAAUAACAGGACACCGUACUGCUGCAGCCUGCACCAUGGAACGCCCGGGUGGGGGCGGGGCGCAGCGGCCGGAGUCGGGGUCACCCGCAGAGUCCCGCUCAGUCACGUGGCAGGUGUGUAGUGUUUGAUGGGGGAAGCUACGCGCCCCCCGCUGUUUGGUUUUGAGAGCUGGCUCUUUGCCAGGCAGCCUGCGCAUGGCUUGCACACUCAGCGUGCCCCUAAGAUACAGGCUGCUCCACAUAGCUCAGUGGAGGCCCCCGGGUCAUGCGAACUGCCCAGAUGGGCUGCUAGCCAAGGAAAGAACCAAGGUGGGAGCACAGGGGUAUCUGCCUCCCAAACUCCUGCUCUCUCUCUCUCUCUCUCCCCCUCCCUCCCUCCCUGGAGCCAGUUCUCCCAUGGGGGAGCCAGCCCUCUCCACCUGACAUUUCAGGCUCUGGCUGCCUUUGGUGCCAGUGAUUGUGUGUGUGCAUGUGUGUGUGUGUGUGUGUCUGUCUGUCUGUCUGUCAAGGUGCAUGUGAAGAUUCCACCCAUGAAAUUGUAAGUGGAGGGAGCUGAGCAGCAAGGUAUUACAGGAUGGCACCCACUUCGGGUCUGCAAUGACUCUAGGAAACCAAGCCACCUCUUGGCCAUUCACCUGCAACUCGGGUUUUAUGGGCUGGUCACAGAUCAGUCGCACGGAAUUUCUCCAACACUUCCCAUUGCCAGACAUUGCGAUGUGGACUAAGCUGCUUCUGACCUCCAGGGGAUCCAACAGAAGAGGAAGCAGCUCUUCAGCCAGAAGGGAUUCAGGGACUGGACACUCAUUUUGACUUGGACCAGCACAAAGCCAUGAGGAAGAGACCUUGGCUUUCAGCAUCAUGGCAGGUGCCAGGCACCGUCCCCUCUGUGCUGGUGCCCUGCUAUUACUAUUACUUUAUAGGCCCAGAAAAGUCACUCAUCCAAGGCCCUAUAGUGGCAGAGCUGGGACUGAAACUGUUCCCACUGACUCCCAAUGGCACACUGUCGCCAGACGCACGAGUUGUCCGCAUCUGCUCCAAAGCCACAUCAAGGGGAGCAGCAACAAUCUGCCCUCCCGCAUUAGCUGUUCCUGGAUAGGAAGUGGCCCACCGACUGUCCCCGGAUGAGCCCUGCCUGGGUCUUAGGCGGCAGAGGUAACGCCCCAAAUGCUAUGUCAGGCUUUGCUAAGGAAAGAUUCUGCUAAUCUGUUCACUCUCCUGUAGUUUUUCCUUUUCCUUCCCCUUCUGGGCUCCUGCCUUGACCCUGACAGAGACCCCCUGCAGCCAAGGGCAGGGGUGAGUGGGAAGGCCAGGGCCCAAGCCCAGAGGAGAGUGUAGGGAGGAGGAGCCCAUAGUAUGGGGAGGAGACAGGAUGUCAUCGAGAGACAGCUUAAUUCUGCCUCCGGGGCUCAUUUUAUGGUUAAUUAGGACAUGCAAAUGAGCUGGAAGCUCCCACACACAUGCAGCCCCACCCCACCCCGGCCCACUUCCUUGGCAGGUACAGGGCCCCCUGACCAGCCCAGGCAUUUGAUGGGGCUCCACUUGCUUCCCCACGGUCCUGCAGCUGCAAUGUGUCUGCAGGCGACUGAGCAGAAGCAGGAACUAGAGAAGCCCCCGCUGGGCAUGGCCCGGGGCCUGCCCGCCCUCCUGCCUUUCUCUCUGCAGCCUUUCCGAUCUGGGGCCUCUCCCCUUGUUGCCUCUGGCCCUUUCCUGGCACCCACCAUCAGGGUGGUUGGUUGCUGAACCCACACUUGCCCUGAGGACUGCUGUGGUUCACCUCCCUGCCAGCUCUCCAGGGCCUCAUGGAACAGGGGCUCCUUGUCUCUCCCAGGUCACACCAACGAUUCCUGCAGGGCCUGAGUAAAAGCUGAGGGCAGCCGGCCUCUCUGGCACACAGCAGGCGCCUGUCCCCAGCCCCAGUUCUCCAGAGCAGGAGUCAACACCCCUUGCGUGCCCUGCGCGCUCAACAUCACCGUGUGAGCCCUGAAUCUGGGCUCAGAUUCUGUCUUGCUGUGUAAACUUGUGUCCGACCUCGCUGUGUCACCUCCUCUGUGUCGCAGGGCUGCAGGGGGAGUUGAAGGCCAGAAGGCUCCUGGGGGCCCAGCACAGCAGAGGCCCAACCAGCCCGAGUGCAGGCGCCACCCCCGUGACCCAAAGCAAGCCCGUAAUUAACGAAAAGCGCUGUCCCUGAGUCGGGCCUCCUGGUCUCUGAUAAACCCUUGGGAGCAACCUCCUGGGGCUGAAGCAAGCGUCGGAGACGAGAACGGGGUGAACACGUUUCUGUGCACUGCCCCCAGUGGCAGAGCUCCCCACUUCUGUGACUGGGUGAUAAUCAGCUGGGGAGCGGUGGGCUGAGCUGCAGGGGUGCUGUUUGGGACUCCCUGACCUGCCCUCCCUCACAGUCACGUUCUCAGCCAGGCAGGGAGUGAAGAGCUGAAUGAGCCCCAUCCUGACCUGAUGGCCUGGUCAGGCCUCUGCUGGGCUCUCCCUGCCAUUCAAGGCCUUAAGGGCUGGAGUCCCUGCCAGGCCCCAAGUCUCCCUCACUCUCUCCUCCCACCUAGGGCCAAGGGCCUCCUAAGUGCAUUUCCUCUUGUGUGAAGUUUGUCCUGCAGGAGGAGGGGUCUCAGUGCAGGAUGGCACUGCAGAGGAAGGGCAGUGGGCUGCAAAGGCCCUGGGGUAGGAACUGCAGGCCCCGGCACCACCACCCUCCCAACCCCCAUCGCGCCCUGGGGCAUUCGGCUGUCUCCAGCCUUCCCUUUGCUGCCUCUGCCGGACCCUGACAGCACACGGGGCGGUGCAACCUCUACCCCAGAUCUCUGAAUCCCACAGGGGACUUAACUUCCUGCACCUUCCUGUCCCUGUCCCCGCCCAUCAGCCCUGACACAGCACAGAUAUAAAUGCUCCUGAUUUCUGGAGCACACGUGCCCGCACGGCAGCUAAAGCGCCUGGAACAAAGCCACACUCUGACCUCCUUAUUCCCCUGCCCCAGAGCUCCUGGAAAGUCUGGGAUAGAGGCCUCUGCGGGAGCAGGGUGUCGGGGCACAGCGGGGGAGGGGGUGCCAAGCGAGACUACCCUGUUGGGAAGCCAGGGCAGCCACCUGGGCCUUCCUUUCCCCUGCUGCUUGCUCAGGCCCUGGGCAGAGAGAAAGCAGGGGGGCGCUGGCCCGGUUCUCCCCACAGCAUGCUUUGGGCCCCAGUGGCCCACACUCCCUGCUCGUACCCACAGCCCCUGGCCUCCGAUCAGUGCCCAGAACCAGCUACCGCUGGCUCCCCCGCUGCCGCCCUCCCUCCCUGGGGUACACGGGGCUCUGGACAGCUGCCCCGCCUCUCUCUGAACCCUCUUCCUGCUGACCAAGAGGCCCAGUCCCUCCCGCAGGCCAGGGGGAUGUGGCUGCGCACUGUGCAGGGGAGGCGGCCUGCCCCCACGGGGGGGGGGGGGCUCAGGCUGUCUCCUCUCCCUCUGCUCCCUGCUGCUGAGCCUCCUCUCAGCCUCUUCCUCCCAGCCUCUCGUCUGGAGGCUGCGGCCCCCAGCCGUCGGGAAACUGCAGGCCCCUGGUUUGGAAGGACGCCAGGGAGGGGUGCAGGGUCUGUCUGCGAACUCCUGGGGACGUCGGCCUUGUCCUCUUCCCGUGUUGCCGUGUGCCCAGAGACCCAGCCCUGCCCAACGAGCCCGGGGCAGGUGGGCUCAGCCUUGUUUCUGGGCACCUCUCCUGACGCUUCCUGUCCUCCGGGGAGGUGGGCUGCCUCGGCUGCUCCAAGCUCAGGCUGUGCCUGAGGAAGCCAGGGCUUCUCCUUCCCCAUUCCGCAGCAGCAGUGCAGGUUAAAGGGCACCGCCUCCUGGAACCCCCCCCACAAAGGUCUUCUCUGUGCUGCUCCCCAGGCAGCCCUUAUUUAGGAAUCACUUGCCUUUGGAGCGUGAGCACUUGCAGGCCAGCAACCACUCUGCCCUUAUUUCUCCAUCUCUAGGACCCUGGGCUCCCAAAGCCCCGAGCCACGCCCAGCUCCUGCUUUUCCGCACCUCCCAGGAUGACCCCCCCCCCCCCCCCCCCCGCCUCCCUCUGACUCUGCCCCUCAGCCCAUUCCCCAGGAGAGACGGAAGCUGUGGCCAGAGCUCCAGAGACAUGAAGUGCUCCACCCGCAGCCCCUCUUGAGCCCCUCGAGCUGCCUGGCUGCGCGCGGAGCCUGGUCCUCACCCCUUCCUGCCUGUGUUGCUGUGCUGCCACGGGGCUGCCCUCGGCCUCUCCUCUCCCCCUCCUGCUCAACCCCAGGUGGUUCCCACCAGAGGCCCAGAGGUGACCCCGGUCUCCAGGUGCGUCUCCACACUUUCCUGACUUGGCUCAUCCCUUGUCCUAUUUGGCAACAACUUGUGGUCCCAGCCUUCCCCUCCCUAGGGUUUUUCCUAACUCGCUAUGCUGGAGGACCCCACCCGUGCUGGGGACACUGAGUCUGCUCGGUUCUCCUCCUCUCAUUGUGGCUGCUGAGGGAGGGGCAGGAAGUUGGGAGGUGGGCGUUGAGCGCCUGCCCUACCUCCAGCUCCCUCCUGGCCACACUCCAGGCAUUGUGUCCCUCCCAGGGGCUGCGCUGCCAGCAGGGCAGCGGGUAGAGCCAUUUGUGUAGAAAUGGUGGGAAAGGGGAAGGUAUUGGGCAUUCUAUUAAAAAAAAUAAAAA